AUGUCGGACGCAGACAACGAAACUUCCCUUCCUAAGGAUGUUGAUACUUAUCUUAGGAAGUUAGCAGAGACUAAAGUGCCCGUCCCCGAAAUAGAUUUUACGGUUCAUGAAAUGGAUGAUGGUAGCAAGGUAUCAACUCUGGAUCGAUUUUGCAAAGACGUCCAAGCACCCGCUGUACAGAUACCUACAUCCGAGCUUUUCUUCUCAAAGGAAGAUUCAGAAAAGCCCGAUAUCGGGUUUCUAAAGGACCAUUUUUGUCGUGAGGGAAGGAUUUCCGAAGAACACGCUUUAUACAUUAUUAAUAAGGGUACUGAAAUAUUAAAACAAGAAUCAAAUCUAUUAGAAGUGGAUGCUCCCAUAACAGUAUGUGGUGAUAUUCAUGGUCAAUAUUAUGAUUUGAUGAAAUUAUUCGAAGUGGGUGGUAAUCCUGCCGAAACUCGGUAUCUCUUUCUUGGUGAUUAUGUUGAUAGAGGUUAUUUUUCCAUUGAGGCAUUGUGUGCUUUAUUUGUGGGCUUUAAAAAUAUGUUGGAGUGUAAGCAUAAGUAUUCUGAAAAGGUUUAUGACGCUUGCAUGGAAUCCUUCUGUGCACUCCCACUUGCUGCCAUAAUGAAUAAACAAUUCCUAUGCAUUCAUGGUGGUUUGUCACCUGAAUUGAAUACAUUGGAUGAUUUGCGUAAUAUUAAUCGAUUCAGAGAGCCCCCAACGCAUGGUUUAAUGUGUGAUUUAUUAUGGGCUGAUCCUUUAGAAGAAUUUGGACAAGAAAAGACUAAUGAAUGCUUUGUACAUAAUCAUGUUCGAGGAUGCUCGUAUUUUUUCAGUUAUCACGCGGCCUGUAACUUUUUAGAAAAAAAUGGAUUGUUGUCUAUUAUUCGUGCACAUGAAGCUCAGGAUGCUGGGCAAGUAUUACUUAAAAUUGAUAUUAUAUCAUUUAAAUAUGAAAGCCGUGUAAUUAAAUUUUUAAAUCAUUUUAUAAAUAGGUAUCGAAUGUAUCGAAAGACAAAGACAACCGGCUUCCCUUCGGUAAUGACCAUCUUUUCUGCUCCUAAUUACUUGGAUUAUGAAAACAAUGUAAUGAACAUUCGUCAAUUCAAUUGUACUCCUCACCCUUACUGGUUACCCAAUUUCAUGGAUGUGUUUACUUGGUCACUUCCUUUCGUCGGUGAAAAGAUUACAGAUAUGCUGCUUGUAAUCUUAAAUAUCUGUAGUAAAGAAGAACUAGCGGAUGAUGAACUUUUAUCGGAACCUAAAUCACCAGAAACGUCAACAGCAACGACAGAAAGUUCAGAAAGACGCCAAGUAAUCAAAAAUAAGAUUUUGGCGGUUGGUAAGAUGGCCAGAGUAUUUUCCGUUCUUAGAGAAGAAUCAGAACGCGUUAUGGAGCUAAAGAAUGUAACCGGUACUGGUAGAUUACCGUACGGUACUUUAGCUUUAGGAGCUGAAGGUAUCAAGAAAGCAAUCACUUCAUUUGAGGAAGCACGUCGGUCAGAUAUUGAAAAUGAACGUUUGCCACCGACUCGACAAGAAGCUGAUGCAGCAGAACAUGCAAAAACAAAACUGGCAAUUGAUGCUGCCAUUGAAGAGGUGAAUCACGAUCAAGAAUUGGCGGAAGUUGCAGAGGUCUUCGUUAAAGAAGACGAGAAAAGAAGAAGUUUAAAAGAAGCUACAAUUAUUGCUAGUGCUUGA